CAUACUUCAGAGGAUAUGUGAAUAUCAAGUGUUAUGUAGGUAUAUACUUAUCAAUAUCCAACGGUGACUCAUAUUGGUAGAAUGCAUUGCAGUGAGAUAUGCUUUGAACUCGUAAUGCGUUACUAAUAUUCUUAAUAUUUUAUUAAUUGUUUAGUGAUAGUGUAAAUUUCGUGAAAUAAUAUGUUUGGAAAGAAAGAGAAAUCAAAACGCCAGACACGGCCUGCUGGUAGUCUUGCACAGUAUGGGAUUUUUGAAGUGCCAGAAACUUUUGAUGAUUUAAGUAAUAAUAUGAUGGAGCAUGAUGACGAUGACGAUGAUUUAGAAGCUGAAUUAGCAGCAUUGACAGCUAGUGAUGAUAAUCAAAAACUUAGACAUAAAGCACCUCGAAAACCACUUCCUAAUGUAAAUUUGGAUGAAAUGAUAGCAGCGAGUAUGAAAGAUCCUGAUGAAGAAGUUUCUGAUGGGGAUGAUGAUCCAGAACUAUUGAGUGAACUUAGGAUGAUCACAGGCAAUGAGUCAUCUGAGAAAAUUUCACCAAUGGAAGAAAAUUCAGUAACAGAAGGCGCACAACAUUCUGAAUUAAAGGUAGAUUGUACACCUGUAGAAAGUGUAAUAAAACUAUUAGAAGAAAGGUUAACACUUUAUCAAACUGCUGAGAGAAAAGCAAAAAAGGAAAAUGAACUAGGUCGAGCAAGAAGAUAUACUAGAGGCAUUAAAACGCUUAAAGAAUUAUUAACUGAUGCUCAAUCAGGAAAACCUAUCGAUGAAGCUGAUAUUCCACCACAAUUACCACCCUCUGCUGUUGCAGAAUCGACAGAAAAAGUAUUAGAAAAGUCCAAAGAAGAUUCACAAGAGAAUAGUAAUACUCCAGUUGAAGUUGAUACAGUAUCACCCCCAGAGAGUAACAUUUCAGAACCUGUUCCAACAAAGUCUUUAGACGACGAAACUUUAAAUUUAUUAAAAAGCAGGCAACAGGAAUAUAAAAUUGCAGCAGUAGCAUGGAAAAAGGCUGGUAAUUUAAAAGAAGCACUUCAGUGUGUAAAUGUAGCAAAACAAUUCGAUAUAGUCAUAGCAGCAGUAAAUGCAGGAGACUCUGUUGACUUAUCGGAUAUGCCACCAUCUCCAAAUACACCUGGAACAAAUACUGUGGCUCCUGCGCCAGAAUUUCCAAAAACUGAAAAUGAAAUACAAGGUGAAGCAACCACAGAACAACCAUCUACAGAAGCAAAGCCGGUUGGUUUAGAAAAUUUAGAACUUGCAUUAAAGGAGCGACUUGAAGUGUAUAGAAGAUCAAAAACAACUGCGGAAACAGAAGGAAAUUCUUCUAAAGCUCGAAGAUAUGGACGUAUAUGCAAACAGUUUGAAGAUGCUCUUAAGUUACAUGCCCGUGGGAAACCUGUACCUCUCGAUGAACUGCCUGUUCCACCUGGUUUUCCACCGCUUUCCGCACCUACACAACCUACUGUACCUGCAGUAGAAGAGGAAAAAACUGCAAUAGAACCUAUACCAUCACCACAAAAAGUAGCUGAUCCAGAAUCAUCUGAGAAUGAAUUAAGUCCAAAAAGUCCUGUUGUUCCUCCUAGAAAACAAACUGGAAAAAAGCAAACUCAGAAAAUGACACGUGCUGAUAAACAGUUAGCUUUACUGCAACAACGUCAGCAUGAACUAAAACAAGCUGCUCUUAAUGCAAAGAAGGAUGGAGAUUUAGAGUUGGCACGUAAUUAUUUAAGACAAGCAAAAGGAAUAGAUCCGCUGAUUGAAGCAAGUAAAUCAGGGUUACCAGUUGAUAUGAAUACAAUACCAAUAUCUCCUUCAGCAAAAAUUGAACUUGAUGCAGAUAGUUCAAUUGGUCAAAUUGAUGACAGUUUUGAGUUAGUGAAUAGGGAACAGUGUUUGGAAGAAGCUACAGGAACUGAUGACGAGAUUUAUAAAAAUCUAGAAUCUCAAUUAAUAAAACAAAUGAAGUGGUGCUUAUGUACCAGAGAUCAUUCCAAAGAAUUACAAGACAUACCUGGAUAUAAUAAAUGGGAACGUUUAGCCAUGGGCUAUAGACGAGAUUUGGAUAUGUUGAGAGUUAGAAAACGUGAUGCACUGCCACCGCCACAGCACCAUUAUGAAAUAAAAACUUACACUAUAGUUCAGAGUUGUACAGAUUUAAGUGAUAAUGAUAUAGAAAUUUCAAUAAUAAGGGGAAUAAACUUUACUAAGGAGGACACAUAUGUCAUAUAUGAAUUUCCUUAUCCAUCAGAUAAUCCUCCGACAGAUAGAACGCCUACUGUUAGAGGAACGUGCAAUCCAGAGUAUCAAGCAGUAUUUCCCAUAACUGGUAUAAUCGAUCGUAAAUUAAGACAAUGUCAACGGGCUUUUAAAAGACAUGCACUGAAAUGCCAAGUCUGGGCGAAAGGAUGCUCGCUGAAUCCUCUCCUGUGUUGCACUCAUCCAAGUGGAUUCUUUAGAAGCGAUAGUCUGUUAGGUACAGUAACAGUUAAAUUGCAACCAUUAGAGACUCAAUGUGUACUUCAUGAUUCAUUUUCUUUAAUGGAUGGAAGGAAACCAACAAGUGGAAAGUUAGAACUAAAAAUACGGUUGAGGAAUCCAAUUCUUACAAAGCAGAUAGAACAAAUUACGGAUAAAUGGUUAAUCAUUGAUCAUUAAUGUAUCAUGAUAUCACUUUAUACUUUUAUUUUUUAAUGAUUACACCAUUGAGGCCUUGGACAUAUAAUUUGCUUAUUAUGAAACAUAUGGUAAUUUGUUAUUUUAUUCUUAGCCACGCACGUUAAUGUGAAUAUGUAUAUGUGUCAGAUAAUUUAUAUAUUUUAUUACAAAUGUUCAACUACAAACAAAUAUAUGCAUACAUAUAGUAUUUCCGUGAAAUGAAUACAUAUGCACAAACCACAGUCUAAUAUGUAAAUAUCGUGACAUAUUGGAUAAAAAACUAGAGCUUUAAUUCAUAUAAAAAUGCAAAAUUGUGUAUAGUAUUUUAUGUUAACAUUAUGUCUAUUCUUGGACUGUAAACUAAUUGAGAUUGAUUAUCGAUUUUAAAAAUAAGUUCUUAAUUACUUAAUGGUUAAAUAAAAAAUUUUUAAAUUCAGUUAAUGAAUGUACUAUGUAACUUUGAACCAAAUGUCUAAAUCAUUUUUUA